CCGGCGGCUUCAACAUCGUUAUCGUACCUGUACCCAGUCUCAUAUCAUGCGGCUCGACACUACCAAGGCAUCCGCUAUCCCAGAAGAUGGCUCGAAGAUCACUUUUAGUUUGCUGAAACUCGUAAGCGAGGCUCGCAAUGAGCAUGGAAUGAGGCAGCUCGACUAUGAGCGCUACCGUCAAUUCUGUACAAAGAAGGUUCAUCGCCUCCGUCAAACGCUCCAACUGACGCACAAGGAUGCCCAGCAUACAGUCAAGACACAAGGGUCAAAGGGAGGACAGACGCAGAAGUCGAAGAGGUCAAAGAAGAAGCAGACGGCGGUCACGCAGAGCGCAGCGGACAAAGCAAAGGGCGGCAACGUCUACACCGAGAAGACUAUCAAUGUGGCAGACGUCAAGAAUGACAGGCCCGCGCAGCUGCUCCUCUUUGAAGCCGAACGAGCCUGGGCUCAUUCACAGGACCUCAAAUCUCAAUCGAAUGAAGCAGAAGAGGAUCCCGUUCUGCGCAAGUCAGGCCUUGGUCGAGCACGGAGAGCUGUUGGCUGGGCAGAUGACUUGUUCAAGCUCACAGAGUCGCUGGCCUCUCGUGUAGAUGCUCACACCAAGGUCGAGGUGAUCAGCUACCGCCUCUCUACCAAGGCCUCGGCUCUGUUCGACAAGGGAGAAUGGGAGUCGUGCCUUGAGCAUCUCUGGGUCGCUCGAGUCUUGCUCACUGCGCUCGCAAAGGGAACCUCGGACAGCCGAGCGGAGGCACUGGCCAACAGCUUCAUCGAUGCCGGAGAAGCUCAGAUGAGGUUCAGUGCCUACCAGAUUGGCGAGGAGCAGCAGGACAUGGAGAUAGUCACACAGGAGAUCGCAACUCCUGCCACCUGCCAGCGUAUCGUGCCGGGCUUCGAUCAACUUGUUCAGAAGCUCCGUGAGAGCCAGCCCAUGGAUGCUGGAAACAAAGAAGCCGCUGUUGAGAUCGAGUGGAGGGAGAGAAAGAUCCCACUGAGGAAUGCAGACCUGGUCGAUGCCGUUCUUCGAGUCCGAAGCCAGGAGGCGGCUCUCGUGGAUGCAGUCAAAGCGACGGAACAGCACGAGGGCGAGGCGGCUGCUGCUGCCAAGGCUGCAAGGGCCAAGGGCUCCAAGCCUGCUAGGAUCUCUCAUGCUGAAAGGACUGCACGCAAGAGGGCGGCUGCUGGCAGCGUUGGCGAGACGAGCAAAGCAGGCGCCAGCGGUAGCGUUGCUACCCAGCGCGGAGGUCAGUCUACCAGCGACCCCUUCGACCAUGCUCUCGCUGCAUUGACAGACGGUGAGCUUCUGGCCCGUAGAUUGGUCGACGACAAUGCCGACGCCCUCUCCAAGAGCCACUCUGCUCGAUACGAACGAGUCGGUGAUGAUCUCAAGGCAGCUCAUGAGUGGCUACAGUACCGUCUGCUCAGCUUGCAGAUCAGGAGGAGCAACAAGAUGGUCGAGGAGGUGGAAGAGAAGGCCGCAAAGAGGGAAGCGAGGAAGCAAGCUGCCUUGAAGAAGAAGCUCGACAUCACAUCUUCCGCCAAGCGAUCAGGAGGCAGCGGAGGCAGGAAGAAGAAGCCUGCCGCGGACUCUGCAGUCAAGAAGGAGCCAAAGAAGCCGCAACCUGGCUCUCGAGCCAAGGCUGUCCGCUCUACUCCUUCGAGUCACCAUCGUCGUCCUGCAAGAAGCGGGACAAGACAUUUGCAUGCUCAACGACAGGCAGCCCGCACCGGUCGAGCUCGACAGGUGGCAGAAGGGCAAUCCCUCCGUCGCUCCGCUCGUGCCAUCCCUGCCCUCGCCAAGCUGCUGGACAAUUCCGAGUCGAAUCUCCUCUCCAUUGCGGCACUCUCGGUCAUUGAGUCUGAUCCGGACGCAUCCACCAUCGUUGACGGCGAAUCCGCCUGGUACCGAUCUGAGCUCCUUUACCAUCUCGCCCGAGCCUACUCUCUCGCUGGUGAGAAGGGCGAAGCCUGUCUCCUCCUCCGCCGAGCGGCUUUGUGCGUGCGUCAGGCUCGACAGUCGCUGGACCUCGUCGACGACGCUGCCGUCGUGGAGGAGAUGGACGCCGACAUUCCACCUGCUCUCAACGAAGCCCUCUUCACCAAGUCCGAGCGAGCAAUCCAGGUCUCGCUGCGCAAGAUUCAAAAGGAGAUGCGACAGCUGGAGCACAGUACCUCCAAGGUUGUUGGCGCUUCGUCUUCCCUCUCUUCGACCAAGGCAGGACAACAGCUCCGUCUCCUCGCUAGCAAGCACGUCGACUUUGACCCAGAAGACGUAGCCGAGGCAUCUCGCCCCGAUGAAGGAGGAGAGGAGUUGGAAGAGGAGGAAGUGGAGGAAGUUGAGCCUUCUCCUGUUCAGCAACCCAAGUCCGGCCAGGCCAAGCCUACUCGUACUGCCCAAGAGGCUCUCGCGGCCGUGACCGGGGACGAUGAGGAUGAGGCGGAGCACUUCGAAGAGGCUCCUGCCGCUGCUCAUGCAGAGGGAGAGGUGGAGGAGGGUAGUGAUGAGGGAGAAUUCGCUGCUGCGGAAGAUGCCGAGGGGGACGGAGAGGAGGAGACGGACAGUGAAGAGGACGAGGAGGAGGUGGUGGCAGCAGAGCAGCAGAAGAAGCCGGCUGGAUGGCUUGGAGGGUGGUUUGGACGCAAGUGAGCUAGUGUGGGUUAGUCAUGCAAUGAUAAGGGCGAAUACCAGUGGUCAGAUACAAUCGCCAAAGAAGGGAAAAAUGAAAGUGUUUGGUAUUGAAUAACAAGUGGC